UGACUGAUCGAAAAAAUAAAAGAAAAAAAUCGAUCAAAAGUUCCGACUCUCCGGAAAACGUGAAAGUAUGAUCUCACGAACGACUGUUUCUCGAGGAGGGCUCGGAACAACAUGUAUCCGAAGCAGAAUCGGAUGCACACAUGGUUUCGACAGACUGCUCUGAACUCGAAUGCCGGUGAUGUUCCUGCAGAGCGAGUGACAGGAGGAGUGACAGCAAACGAUAACGAAUGCGCAACAAAGCGUCCACGUUCGCGACUCUAGAAAACGACGACAAGACGAAGGCAAGGCAAGGCAAGCGCGGAUAAAAAGGGCGGAGGACCGGUCACUCGCGGGCCGCCACAUUCGGUCCGGUCCCCGCGCUCGAGCGAACGCGAAACAAAUGGCGGACGAGAAGCGAAGGGCGGAGGCUCGGAUAGAUAGACUCCACGCCACCUGGCACGCGCCCACUGGCCGCCCCGGCCGCGUCGCUCUCCUGUGAUUAGCCCGCGCUCCAUCCCCCGGAAAACUGCCACCAGCGUCACUAAUUCCCUUCGUUGCGCUCGCUCCCGGCCCUCCCUCCCCCUUCCGCUCCCCCUCCCACCUCCCGGCGCGGCUCGGCUCGCCUCUGGUCAGCUCAGCUCAGAUCAGCUCACAACUGUCCUUCCACCUCCUCGGCAGUUCAGACGAGUCCCUCCCUCCCUCGCAGCGACGAAGGAUUCAACGAGAGCCUGAGGAGGAGAAUGGGGCCUUCGGCAGUGCUCGCAGUGGCGGAGGGCUUGAUGGCCCCCGCGCUGCUGUCCAGCGCCAAUUCUCUGCGCGGAGACGCCCUCCGCUCGAGCCGCACCAGCAACGCCGUGCGCGCCAGCGGCAGCGUCGUGGUCAGAGCUGCGACCGAGAGCGGUGGCGGCACUCGCAUCGUCGGCGGAAGGAAGGUGAAAGUCGUGCAAGUCGGCGACAAGUCGGCCGCGAUCCGUGACAAGUCAACGGGAGGCGCAGCCAUCAAACUGCUGUCGAGAGUGGAGCAAUUGAAGCUGUUGUCCAAGGCGGAGAAAGCCGGUUUGUUGUCGGCCGCCGAGAACGCAGGAUUCUCGCUUUCAUCGAUCGAGAAGUUGGGCCUUCUCUCCAAAGCCGAGGAGUUUGGAGCUCUGUCUGCAGCCACCGACCGCAACACCCCCGGAGCUCUCCUGACCUUGGCAUUGGCCUUGCUCAUCGCAGGCCCCGUCUUCGUGUACUUCGUUCCCGAGGACUCCACGCCUUUGGUAAUUUUACAGGUUCUGGUUGCAUCGAUAUCAGUUCUGGGAGGCUCGGCCGCAUUCGCUGCUUCCAAUUUCGUUUCUGAGUUGCAAAAAUCCGAUUAGCUUGCUGCUCUUCUGUACUAGUAAAAGAUUUACGAUUCAAAAUAUUUCAAUAAAAUUCAACGCUUCUGUACCACAUGCUUACAAGUGG